CUAAAUUUUGAUGUUUAGAGAAGAGCUUUUAUUAUGUGGUUUAGCAGUAUACUCUGAUAGAUGAUUUUCUAGAUGCGGUGACAGUGCUAAUUGUUCUUCGUCAUGGCUUUGGGCCUGGUUCUAUGCUAGCUCCAUGGACAAACCAGUACAACCUGGGCAGUCCUAGCCGAAGCAAUGUAAGGAAGGCAGUGAAGAACAAGUCUAUAAACACCAGCAGCUGGCCUUUGAGAAUCCAGAGUUUCUCCAUAAGACCAUGCAUCCCCCCCUUUAUAAGGCGACCAGUUUUCUUCCACAGUUUGCCUGAAAGUGGGGUGGUCAGUCCAGUAGUUUAGGAAUCUGAAGGGUCUAGGGCCAUCGUAGGAGGGGUUGUUUGCUGUGAGUUUAAGGGGACAAUGGUCAGAGGAUCCUCUGGGAAGGUGAUGGAUGUGAAUAUCUUGAAAGUGGUUGAGGAAGGAGUUAUUGACAAAGGUUCUGUCCAGCCUUCUCCAGAUUCUCCCCAAGGACCUAACCCCAGUCCAUGGGCUCUGAUGGUGUUCUCUGGCGGUGUUGUUCAGGAUUAUUGUCAUGUUGCAGUUGGGGUUGGGUUUGAAGAGUUGGUUGGGUUGAGGAGUGGAAGGGGUGGGAGGUUUGGGUUGCGAGAAGGGGUUGAAUGGGUUGAAGGUAGGGAGUUGUUUAGUGAGGUUGAGGGAAGGGUGGGGUGGGGAAUGGCUAUGGAGUGUGUGGGGGCCGAGGGUAAAGAAAUGGCAGUAGAUGGAUUAGCACUGGUUGGUUUGGGCAUAUUUGGAGCCUGGGUUGUGCCUGGAGAUGCCCUUGCACUCUUGGCAGAAUUUGGGGACUUCUUCAUAGAUGGCAGUGAGGAAAAGAGGUUGGUCACCGUUUUGAACAACAAAUUUGUUGAUUUGUGGCUUCGAAACAUCAACUUCAACACAAAUUCUUGCUAGAGAAGGCCUCCCAAAAUUUUCAGUUGUUGCAUCAAGUUUGAUAGGAGUUCCAAAGAUUUGAGCAAUGCAUAGUAGGGACUCUUUAGCAUGAAGGUGAAUGGGCAGGUCCUGUAUGGCAAUCCAUACAGGAAGAAUAGGUGAUUCAAACUUGGGAUCAAAAUGUGGACUCCAUUUGGAGAUGGUCAUUUUGAAUGACCCCAGCAUCCAUUCCCUUCGUUUAAAACAUCUAUGAUAGUCUCCUUCAUUGGAAAAAUUCAGUAGUACAUGGGAUUUAUCAAUCAGGGUAACAGAGAAGCUAGUGAGACCAAUUCUCUCUAGUUGUUGUCUAAUGAAGUCCAGACUUGGUC